CUGUGAGCGGUGUGGUGUCCCUACCCUAGUUCCAGCGAACCGCGGAACACUCUGGAGUCUGGACCCUUUUGGACGUCAGAUCGAGCUCAAUCAAACAUUCUCAAAUGGAACCGGCUAAAUCAUCAUGCACCGUAUCUUUGGUUCUCUUGAGCGCUUUCUGGGGGUUUCUGGUGGAGGACUCGGCCGCCUAUUAAAAGAUAGACAUGCUCCCGUGCAGCGGUCCAGCUUUGCAUUGCAUAUCCUUCACUUCACCUUGCUCUCCUGACUAGCACUACUUUGCUUCAACAGAUCAUAACUCUGGCCAGUGAUCUCCGGUGCGUUGCUGUAGUAAGCUUGUGCGCAGCUCGAGAGCGGAUGCCGCCGCUGGCGCCGACGACGACGUCGUCGUCGGAGCCGGAACCGCCGUUCCGGCCGCGGGAGAAGAUCCUGGAGAAGCAGAGGUACUUCCAGAGCGUCCGCAGGCCGACGUACCUCAAGGGCCGCCACGACGUGAUCACCUCCGUCGCCAUCCCGCUCGCCCUCGCACUCUCCAGCAUGUACCUCGUUGGGCGCGGGAUUUACAACAUGUCCCACGGCAUAGGGAAGAAGGAAUGAGCUCUCGUAGAUGAUGGCGAUCGCGCUACGUCGGUGCUACUGUUGUCUCUGAUAUUACUGUGUGUGUAAUGUAAAUAUAGUGAGUACUCGAAGGCCAUGUAUAUUAUUGUGUCCACGUCCAUGGGAGAGUGGUGCCUUGUGAGUUUGACAGAGGAGUUUGGGUGCAACAGGAGCUUGUAUUGAUCAGAUUAAGAAUCUAAGCCGUUGAGCAAAUAAUUGAAGCAUAAGACCUUGUUAA